CCAAUAACCCAUGAUAUAAACAACAUGGUAUGAUCGCAAAAGUCCAGAUUUGGUCCAAGCUCGCGCAAUACGUCACUUGCUUACCCGUGUUAUCAUAUUGUCAUUAAAUUAUUAUUGCUAUACACUAUGCUACGUCACGUGCUUACCGAAGGAUCUGACCGUCAAAAAGUUACGAUCAUACCUGGUUUUUAUAUCAUGCAAUAACCAUUCUAUCUUAAACCGUUGCUGGAACAAAACGGUUUUUUUAUUUCCUUUUCCUCGGCGGUCUUUUGCAGUUUGCGGGUGUAUGCUCGAAAUUCGAAACCAUUUUAUUAAUAUGUCAGAAGUCUAGCUAUGCAUCUCCGAAAGGCGAACACUAGGGUUAUCGAAAUUGCAAUCGAGUAGCUAACAAAAAAAAAUGUCAGAAUUUGAGUACAGCAGUUCAAGUAACGAAGAGAGCAGUGAAGAUGAAGAAUUGGUUUUUCCAAUUACAUCCAAACAGAAAAAAUAUGCCCACAACGCUAUCAAAGUUUCGAGGGAACUGCGUACUUACUACUCAAAUUUAUUCAUUGAUUCUUAUAACUUAAUUGACUUGUUUAUCAAAAAAAAAACAUUAACGUACAGUUCGUUUUUAGAAGUUUUUAAUUCUUCGAUGUUCCAUGAAAUUUAUGCUAAGCCCAAUAGGGAAAAAAAGCACACUUAUUUAGCCCCACAUCAUUACAUCACAACCACACAGGACUCUCUUGCAGUGGCAACCAAGUUUUUGAGAUCUAAAUCGAGACAAGCACGAAUAGGUGCCGUUUACUUAUUGUACACAAUCAACGUUACUCAGCCAUUUAAACGGUAUCUGAUCGAUAUAAAAAUGGUACGCAAAGACUACUUCAAUACUAAAGAAUUGGUCCACAGUUGUUUUAAUGAAGGUCUACGGGACCCAUCAUUCUGUUUUUACCGACUGGAUAUCAGUAGAAAAAUAACAAUUACAGCUACAGUCAUCAACCCUUGUUUAGAAGCCAACUAUCCUAGAGCGGAGGUCCGCAAGUUUAUGGGCCGUGUCGCUGAUAAGUGUUUUAAAGUUGAAUACGAAGAGCGCAAAGAUUUUGAUCCAUCCAAUAGACUACAUCUUAUGGAGUAUCAGAUGCGCAAUGAAUUAGCAUACAUUAACAAAUUGAGUAAUUUGUCUUUGGGUCGAGACGUUGCUUCUGAACAUAAGCCAGAACUUUCUAGAGCAAUAGUAGAGAUAAGCGCUGCUAAAAAUGUUACUACAGAUGAACAAAAAAACAAUGACAUUGAAUGUCCGAAAAAAACCCGGUAUAAAAAUACUAAUAUCAGAGCGUUCCCAGGUAGAAAUGAAGAUGUUCUAGAGGAUAUGGUUGAAUUUUCAGUGCCACCAAUCCUUGACAAACAUGUCAAUAACUGUCAUCCGAAAAAGAAACUAAAAUUAUCCAGGAGGAAGAUAUUAAAAAAGCAUGCCAAAAAAGAAGAACCACAGGAUACUAUCUCAACAUUACCGAGAUUGAGCACUAUCCUAGACUCGGAUUCUUCCUGCCCCAGUAUCAAUAGUGACGAUGAUGAUUAUUAUGGGAACACAUAUGGAGAUAUGAUUUGGCGUAUCCUGGAAGGACAAGAAAUCAGUGAAGUUAUUGAUCAUUCAACUAUCGACCAAGAGGAAGAUAUCAAAAUGUGAAUAAUUAUUUAUUUCAAAUUAUGAUUUAAGUGUAUAUUGAAAAUAUUUAUUAAUUAAGCAUUAUGUUUAAGACUUAACAACGUACAUGUAGGUAAACAUGGUUAUUGAUAAAUUAAAAUAAAACUAUGAUGUGUUAUUUGAGCA